CGUGUUUCCCGUCAAGUGCUCAGUGUCAAGCGCAAGCGCACGCUGGUACCAUCGCAACCAGCAUAAACAUUACCAUUGUGAUUUUAUUGGCUGCACCAGUGUGUGUUCCUAACGUGGAUUUACUAAAAAAAACAUUUACAGGAGGCAAAUCGUCACAAUGCCAGGCUCCUCCCCGGUAUUAGCGGACACAUUUGUCACGAAAACCAUCGACGAGGACAUGCCCGAAAUUUCAUUCAACAACAAUUAUGGAAAGCGUCGUGACUACGAGUGGCAUAUUGUAUGGAGAAACGUUUUGGCCUUCAUAUACCUACAUCUAUCAGCUACUUAUGGGUUUUACCUAAUUUUCACCGGCAAAGUGAUGCUCUUCACUGCUCUUUUUGCGAUAUUAUUUUCUGCGUUGUCCGGUAUGGGUGUAACCGCGGGCGCACAUCGGCUGUGGGCACAUCGAGCGUAUAAGGCGCGUUGGCCACUACGUGUGAUCCUGGCCUUACUGCAAACCAUGGCUUUCCAAAACCAUAUCUAUGAAUGGGUGCGAGAUCAUAGAGUACAUCAUAAGUAUACUGAGACAGAUGCCGAUCCUCACAAUGCUCGUAGAGGGUUCUUCUUCUCCCACAUGGGCUGGCUAAUGGUUCGCAAGCACAAGGAAGUCUUCGAGAAAGGCGCAAAUGUUGACAUGUCCGACUUGGAAAAGGACCCUAUUGUCAUGUUCCAAAAAAAAACGUACAUGGCAGCGGUACCUCUAUUCUGCUUCAUUCUACCAGCAGCGGUACCUAUUUACGCAUGGGGUGAGGACCCAUGGGUGUCCUGGUAUGCCGCAGCUAUCACCCGCUAUACCAUAACACUUCAUUUCACCUGGCUUGUCAAUUCCGCUGCCCAUGUUUGGGGCAACAAACCUUACGACAAGUAUAUUGGUGCAACAGACAACAAGGCGGUGGCAAUUUGCGCGUUUGGCGAAGGCUGGCAUAACUAUCACCAUGUCUUCCCUUGGGACUACAAAGCAGCGGAACUGGGAGACUAUAGCACCAACUUAUCUACAGGCUUAAUUGAUUUAGCCGCUAAACUCGGUUUAGCAUACGAACUGAAGACUGUGUCAGUUGACAUGAUCAAGAAACGAGUCACACGAACAGGUGACGGGUCCCAUCCACUUGACAAGAAAGUGGAGCAUGCGGAAGACGAUCACCACCACCCCGAAAAUCCGGUGUGGGGCUGGGACGAUAAAGACUUGCCUGACGAGGAACGGCAACUUGCGGAAAUAGUUCAUAGCAAAUCUGAAUAACAAUAGUGUACUUUCAUUCACCGUCUAGUUCCACUUUUCCCGUUAGUGUUUCUUCUUUGCAUUACUUCUGAUUUUUCCUCCAGAAUCAUUCAAUAUCAUUCACACCUACACGUAUAAAUAAAGUGUAACUUUCUAGAUAAAUUACUUGCUCUUAAACUGUUAUCAGAAUGACUCUGACUUUGGAGAAAAAAAAACAAUAUUAAAGUUAUCUUGACAGGUAAACUUCCGGCACACAGAUUUUUAACGGCAUUAGUGGGACUGGAUGUAUUCCUCAAUUUAUAUUAAUUUUUACUAAGACCAUUCAUACAAAGAUAUUUAAGGUUUUAGCUCUAUCUUGGUGAAUUAUUGAAGUAAUAUAGAAAGUUGUGUUGUUAACAUAAGUUUCUUUAGUUAUUAGAAAGACGU